AUGUCAGCAGCAUCGGAGAAAUUUCAUUUUAUUUUUAGCCAUGAACUCGAAGAUCGUAUUCAAAUAAAAAUUUCUUCAAUCGAUGGUGAACGAACACAACAGCAGCAGCCACAACAACAACAACAAUCUUUAAAUGAUACAAUAUUCUCUACUAGUUCAUCAUUUGGUCGUAAUUUAACUGAUUCAAAACGCAGUGAACCUUAUGUACUCUGUCAAAUUUAUUCCGAUGGACAGUCACUCUGUAUGCCAAUUCAAACAUCAUACAAAUCAUUUACGGAUAAAUGGAAUUGGAAUGAAUGGUUAACAUUACCAUUAAGAUAUAGUGAUUUACCACGACAUGCAAUACUUGCAUUAUCGAUACAUGAACUAAUAUCACCAACACAAAUACGUAUUAUUGGAAGUACAACAUUAUCAUUAUUUGAUUCUGAAGGAACAUUUCGACAAGGAAUUUAUGAUCUAAAAGUUUGGCCAAAUGUACCACCUGAUGUUAAAUUAAAAUCUUCAACACCAGGAAAAAUUGAACAAAUAUUCAAUGAAGAACAAAUUCUUAGUAAUCAUACAAAUCAAACUAUAAAAUCAAUUUCUUCGUCACCAGUUAUAACAACAACUAAUCUGCAAUAUAAUAGAAAACAAAUAACAUCAAAACCAUUAAAUAUAACAUGGAAUGAUGAUAGUGCAUAUCCAAUGUUAGAUGAAUUAAGUCGAAUGGCAAAAUUAAUUAAAAAUCAAUGUGAUGGUCAUACAAUAAAUCAAGAAUGGCUUGAUCAAUUAACAUUAGCUAAAGCACGAACUUGUUUAGAUAAAGAACGUUCAACGUCGAAAUCAAUGUUAUUAUUAAUUGAAUUUUCUCGAACAAUGGUUGAAGAUAAUGAAUGUAUUGUUCUUUAUUUUGAACCGAAAUGUGAUGAUGUACUUAAUUAUCCAAUAGGUUAUACGAAUCAAGGAGUUUAUGAUCCAGAAAUUGAUCUUGAAAAUAUAGUUGAAAGUAAACAUUUGAAAUUAUCACGUAGUGCUCGAAAAGCCUUAGAUAAAGAUUUAAAACCAACAAGUGAACAACGAGAUAGAUUAAUGCAAAUAUUAGCUUAUCCACCUGGACAAUUCCUUUCAAUCGAAGAGCAAGAUUUAGUAUGGAAAUAUCGAUUCUUUUUAUCACAACAUAAAAAAGCACUUGCAAAAUUUCUUCAAUGUGUCCACUGGGAUAAAGAAGAAGAAGUUAAACAGGCACUUAAUCUUUUACAACAAUGGGUUACUAUGGAUACAGAAGAUGCACUUGAAUUAUUAGGUCCCAGUUAUCAUCAUCCAAAAGUUCGUUCAUAUGCAGUCUCAAGACUUCGACAAGCACCAGAUGAUGAUCUUCUUUUGUAUCUUUUACAAUUGGUACAAGCUCUUCGAUAUGAACGUCAUGAUUUAAUUAAUGCUGAAGUUGUAGAUUCUGUUGUAGAUGAACAGAUGAGUUCGAAUGGUGUUUAUGAAAAUUUUGCUAAUGCUAUGGGGCAAUCGGAAUCUCAGUCGAAUGAUUUAACAAAAUCAUCUAUUCCAGAAAUUGAUUUAUCAACAUUUCUUAUUCAACGAGCAUGUGAAAAACCAGUUAUUGCAAAUUAUUUAUUCUGGUACUCUUAUGUUGAAUGUGAAAAUAAUACAACAGCAAAAGACAAAGCUACUAGUGAUAUGUAUCAAGCAUUUGUAGAAAAACUGCUUAUGACACUUAAAAACAAAAAUGAACAAACUCGUGAAGUACGUUUAUCAAUAGAAGCACAAAAAAGAUUUGUUGAUAAACUUGUAGAAUUAACAAAUAUUAUUAAACGUAUGCAAGGUUCAGCUAAAGUGAAAGAAGAAAAACUUCGUAAUUUGUUAUUAGCUGGUGAUGAUUCGCCCGUUAAAUUUAAUUUUCUUAAUUUUGAUCCAAUUCCCUUACCUCUUGAUCCCGAAGUUAAAAUUUGCGGAAUUAAUCCUGAUAAAAUUAAAAUAUUCAAAAGUGCUAAAUUACCGUUUCUAUUUGUAUUUAAAACAACAACUGAUGAAGAAUAUCCCACUAUAUUUAAAAAUGGUGAUGAUCUUCGACAAGAUCAACUUAUAUUACAAAUCAUUAUGUUAAUGGAUCGUAUUCUACGAAAAGAAAAUAUUGAUUUAAAAUUAACACCAUAUAAAGUUCUAUCAACAAGUUUGAAAUAUGGUUUUGUGCAAUUUAUUGAUUCUCAAUCAUUACGUCGAGUACUCGAUCGUAGUCGUACAAUUCGACAAUACUUACAAAGUAAAGCAAUAGUUACGAUUAGCGACGAUGCAACUUCAAGUGAAGUUGGUAUACCACAUGAAGUUUUAGAUGCAUAUGUUAAAAGUUGUGCCGGAUAUUGUGUAAUUAUGUAUUUAUUAGGUGUAGGUGAUCGACAUUUUGAUAAUUUAUUAUUACGAGAUUCCGGUCAAUUAUUUCAUAUUGAUUUUGGUUUUAUAAUGGGUCGUGAUCCUAAACCAUUACCACAAGCUAUGCGUGUUUCAAAAGAUAUGAUAGAAAUUCUAGAUGAUAAACGUUUUAGCGAUUUUUUACGAUAUUGUUUUACAGCUUUUAUUAUUCUUCGAAAACAUGCAAAUGUAUUUGCGAAUUUAUUUUCACUUAUGCUUGAUGCAAAUAUUCCUGAUAUUGCAUUAGAACGUGAUAAGACAGUUAAAAAAUUACUCGAUAAAUUUCGAUUGGAUCUUGAUGAUGAAAAAGCAACUAGUUAUUUAAAAGAUUUAAUUGAUUCAAGUAUUCGCGCUAUUGUACCGCAACUUUAUGAGUAUUUUCAUAAUGUGGUACUCGGUUUCCGAUGA